ACUAAAAGCUGCCAUAGAUGAGAGAGAAAGAGAGAGUCUCUCUCCCUCUGCGCUUUGGCCAUUGAAAUCACAGAAAGAAACUAAAGAAAUGUCAAAACAAUUGGAGAGAUACCAAAAACUUGCGCUGAAAGAAUCUUUAGGAUCAAUUCACAGAUACCCUUUAGUCUGCAAAGAGCUCAGCUUAAUUCUCAGAGGCGCUUACAGAAAAGUGCCCAAGAAUCUCCAGUCUCUUAUCUUCCAAGAUACCCUCACCGCCUUUCGUCUCCUUCCUGAAAUGAAGACGCGCAGUGCUGUCUCAGCAGCUCACCUCCUCCUCCAGAGCGUUGAGGCCACUUUGCCGAAGCAAAAGAAGAACUUGGCUGUUACAGAAUAUAAGAAUGCAAUGAUUGCUCACAAGAGGCGCGCUAAAGCUCGCCAAGAAGAGAAUGUUGCCCAUCUGCCACAAGAUGUUCUUGUACAUGUAUUCAGUUUCCUGGAUUUUCAAUCUUUAGUCUCUGUUGGGCAAGUCUGCUGGCCCUGGAAUUUUGCAGCAAGUGAUAACCGGCUGUGGCAGAGGCAAUACGCUACGUUCUUUAGGGACUCUUACAAUGACUUGAAUAUCAAGGAACAGCAUACCAGUAGACAGGCUGAAGAUGAUAGUUAUACGCUGUUUUGGAGAAAAGCCUUCAAAAGAGCAUAUAAAGGGAAUAAUUCAUCAAAGAAAUUAAAAUCCAGUAGGGGAUACUGUAGAUACUGCAAGACAAUUGUUUGGCUCGAUAACAUGAAAUGUUUCAAUGACCAUAUUGGACUAAAUCCUGAAAUUCAGAAAAUUGACCCUGUAUCACCUAGUCAGGUGGUUGACUAUCUGUUGGAAGAUUCUAUAUCAGUCAAAUCUUCUUCAGAGAGUGAUAGCGACAGUGAUUCAGAAGCAGGGUCCUUUUCUAGGUUAUGGGCCUAUCGAAGACCCUUGUCCAGUACUGAAGAUAUGCCUUUCCCUUGAAACCAAUUGCUGCUUGUAUUAUGUAUAGAGCUGCUCUGCGGCCAUUAGAUCGUUAACAAAGAUUGCCUGUUGUCGAUUAGUUUGCUUUCUGGGCAUUGGCCCUCCGUGUAACUAAAAAGAGCUUAAAAAUGUACAGAUAGUAUUAACAUUCAGCAUGUUUCAUUAUCCUUGUGUUCUAAUUGAAGUGACACUAAUUCUUAUGAGACCGCUGGAGCAUGUUUAUAUUUCUAGUAGCAAACAA